AUGGGGGCGAAAGAUCUGGGGCUGGUAAUGGACAGGGCGGCGGAAGCAAUGGAAGGAGGGUUACAUUUGGAGGAGGAGAGAAUUCUCCUGGAGGAAGGGCAGAGGGAAGUGGAGGUGGAGACAGGCCUCACACUUGGGCCGAGUCUCCAAGCCCAAUCUGAUCAGGCCACUCAGGGGUGGUUGGGCCUUGCUACUCCUGCCAACUAUCAGCAUGCGAGUGAAGGUCUGGAGGAGGAAGUGGGCCGCUGUCUGAAGAAAAGGAAGGGGACAGGCCUUGUUAGUGAUCUGAAUGCUGAAGGGCACAACUCCUUUAGCCCAUUUGAGGUAAAUUUUGUGGGUGGGCCUGGUGGGAAUACUAAGAAGAAGAAAAACCAGAAGUAUAAAUCGCAGCAGGGGGAUAGAUCGAAGGGGAUCCAAUCGGAGGGGGAUCAAGAAGACCCAAGAAGGAAAGGGAAGGCAACGGUGGUUCGCCAGAAGCCACCUCUUCAAAAAUGA